CCUCUGGGAACCAUGAAGAAGCUGCCGUCCCUCGCCCACUGGCGCUCCUGGCUGCUGCUCUGUGUCUGUGGAUUCCAGGUGUGUGCAGUCCCACACAGAGCACAGGACCACCCAGGCUUUGCUGUCUUGGCCUCUGCUUCCCAUUACUGGCCACUGGAAGAUGUGGACGGGAUCCACGAACUUCAGGAUACAACUGGAGCAUUGCGAGCCCACAACCUCACUGUGCUCCCUUCCCACAAUUCUACCUUUGUUUCUACCAAUGACUCUGCCUACUCCAAUUUCUCUGCAACCGUAGACAUUGUGGAAGGGAAGGUCAACAAAGGCAUUUACCUCAAGGAGGAGAAGGGGGUAACACUCCUGUACUACGGCAGGUACAAGACGUCUUGCAUCAGCAACCCGGCUCAGUGUGGCCCUGAGGGGGUCACGUUUUCCUUUUUCUGGAAGACACAAGGCGAGCAGUCCAGACCGGUCUCCUCUGCCUAUGGGGGACAGGUCAUCUCUGAUGGCUUCAGAGUCUGCUCCAGUGGUGGCAAAGGCUCCGUGGAGCUGUACACGCGUGACAACUCCAUGACAUGGGAGGCUACCUUCAGCCCUCCAGGUCCCUAUUGGACUCACAUCUUGUUUACAUGGAAAUCCAAGGAGGGCCUGAAAGUCUAUGUCAAUGGCACCCUGAGCACCUCUGAUCCGAGCGGAAAAGUGUCACACACCUACGGCGAGCCCCACGUCAACCUGGUGAUUGGGUCUGAGCAGGACCACAGCAAGCGAUAUGAGAACGGAGCUUUUGACGAGUUCAUCAUCUGGGAACGGGCCCUGACUCCAGACGAGAUUGAGAUGUACUUCACAGCCGCCAUUGGAAAACAUGCUUUGUCUUCAACACCACCGAGCUUCUUCGUGACCCCCACAGCCUACACCAUGGUGCCCACAGAUGCCUACCAUCCCAUCAUAGCCAAUCUCACAGAGGAGAGGAAGAACUUCGAAAGACCUGGAAUUGUACUGCGUUAUCUUCAAAAUGUGUCACGCAGCCUACCCAACAAGUCCCUCUCUGAAGAAACAGCACUGAACCUCACGGAGACCUUCCUCAGAACGGUGGGCGAAGUUCUUCUCCUGCCCAGCUGGACCUACACAUCAGAGGAGAACACUUUGGUGCUAGGCCUGAUCAACACCAUCGACACUGUCAUGGGCCAUGUAUCUUCCAACCUGCACUCCACCCCGCCUCAGGUCUUUCUGGCAGGCUCUUCCUCCCUGGCAGACUUCUCUGUGGCCAGGGUCCUGCCCCAGACCCUGAGCGCCCUUCACUACCGCUUCCCCGCCCAUGGGCAGAGCUAUAUCGAGAUUCCCCGUGAGGCCCUUCGCAGCCCAGCCUGGACCACCAUCGUGGGCCUCCUCUAUCAUUCUGUGCACCACUACCUGCACAGCAUCCCGCCAGCCAGCACACGGAUUUCUGAAGCAGCGUUUUACAGAGACUGCCUGCUGUCUGCGGUUAGCCACCUGAUUUCCCUGGAGGUGUCCCCGCUGCCUGCUCUCUCCCAGAAUCUGUCCCGUUCUCCCCUGCUCACCGUCCAUCUCAGGCACACACUGACUCACAAGCAGUACCUUGAAGCCACCAAUGAGAGCAGCCGCUUCUUCCUGUACUGUGCCUUCUUGGACUUCAGCUCCGGGGAAGGCAUCUGGUCGAGCCAGGGCUGUGCGCUCACAGAAGGAAACCUCAGCCACUCCGUCUGCCACUGCUCGCACCUCACCAACUUCGCCAUCCUCAUGCAGGUGGUCCCUCUGGAGCUCUCUCACAGACACCAGGUGGCGCUGUCGUCCGUCAGUUACAUCGGCUGCUCCCUGUCGGUGCUCUGCCUGGCCGCCACGCUGGUCACCUUCGCUGUGCUGUCCUCCGUCAGCACUAUCAGGAACCAGCGCUACCACAUCCAUGCCAACCUGUCAUUUGCUGUCCUGGCGGCCCAGGUCCUGCUGCUUAUCAGCUUCCAGGGGCAGCCUGGCACGGUGCCCUGCCGGGCUCUCGCUAUGCUUCUGCACUACUUCUUCCUGAGCACCUUCGCGUGGAUGCUGGUGGAGGGGCUGCAUCUCUACAGCAUGGUUGUCAAGGUCUUCGGGUCAGAGGACAGCAAGCACCUCUACUACUACGGGAUAGGCUGGGGGACCCCUCUUCUCAUCUGCAUUGUCUCCAUGUCAGCAGCCAUGGACAGCUAUGGGAGGAACAACAACUGCUGGCUGUCGCUGGGGACUGGCGCCAUCUGGGCCUUUGUGGGCCCUGCCUUGCUGGUUAUUGUGGUGAACGUGGGCAUUCUCGUCGCCGUCACCAGAGUUAUCUCCCAGAUCAGCGCGGACAACUACAAGAUACACGGGGACCCCAGUGCCUUCAAGUAA